CGUAGAUUAAAACCUGAACUAAGGUUCGGGACCGGGCAGGACUGACUGGGCGCUGAGCGGCCUGAGUAAAUUGCCGAGUUAUCCAGUUACUGAGCUUCUCUCGUCCAGUUCAGUACGGUCGUCCUACUCUGUGAAGUUGAUCUUGAGGUCAUCUGCGUCACCGAGGCUAUGGGAGGCGAUGAGAAGCAGCAGCGGCCUAUACCUGUUAUCGACGUAGGAAAGCUUGGUCUAGGGAACGAACCAUCGCCGACAGACCCCGUCUGGCUGAGGGUAGGGAAGGAAAUUACGGCUGCCUUCCAGCAUAUUGGUUUUGUUUACCUGAAAGCACACGGAGUUCCCGAGGGGCAGGUCGAUCAAAUCGUAAGCGCAGGGGCAAAGUUCUUCGACCUCUCUCAGGAGGAGAAGGACAAGUUCCCCAGGGACCCUGACAAGCAGCAAGGCUACGUCGCCAUAGGCAGAGAAAGGUUCAACGACAUCCAUUCCUAUGAGAUACGCGAAGCCUAUGAUGUCAAAAGAACCGACGGAAUGUUCCCUGAUAUCGCCGUUCCGGAAUUCAGGCCGGCCGCAGCUGACUUCAUAGACACAUGCAUGAAGCUUACAAAUCGAAUUCUGAUCGCAAUGGCUCUAGGACUAGAUUUGGAUCGCAACUUCUUCGUCAACACCCACCGGGAAAUCUGCAGCGAUAACAACGCCUCCUGCCUCCGGCUGCUCCAUUACCCACCCGUGGCACCAGAUAUUUCGGAGGGAGCGAUCCGCUGUGGCACUCACACCGACUACGGCACCAUCACCCUCCUCUUUCAGGAUGACUUGGGCGGCUUAUACGUGCGUGAUCGCAAAGGCCAGUGGGUAAGCGCUGAACCCAUACCAGGAACCAUUUUGGUCAACGUUGGUGACAUCUUGCAGUUCUGGACGUCGGAUAAACUCAUAGCUACGGAACACAAAGUCCUGAUUCCUGAGGAAGAAGUGCGUCGGAGAACCUGCAGGCGAUCUACGGUGUUCUUCGUCCAUCCGGAUGACCCGGUCCUCAUCCGCCCUCUCUACGGUGCAUCCACCUUUACUCCUGUCACAGCUAGGGAUCACGUACUCAGGAGAUUCCGGGAAACUUACAAGUAUUAGAAGUAUUGGUGUGUGUUUGAGAGAGAUAGAGAACAUUACAAACAUACUAUAGAGACAGAGGUGCCUGGGGUGUUGUGCCAUCAAGAGAUUUGGUUAGAUGGGCCUAAUGGAGGCAGAAUCCGAUUAGCUAACACUUUCCACCACAUUUCCCAAUGUACAGAGCUGAAUUAGCAGUCGUAAUAUUACUUCCAAUGUUACUUCUGCUUUUAUUUGCCUUGACAUCCGCUGGAACCAUGCUAGAUCAGACAGAGCAAAAAUUUCAGUUCUCGUGCACCUAUAAAGCUACUAGAGUGUUUCUGGAAACUUCACAAAUAUUACCAUGUACUUCAAAGUGUCAGGAAAACCUGCCAACGUUCCGUCUACUCAAGCGAAUCAUGAAAACUUUUGAAUGUCUAUAUGAAACUCACAGAAACUUAUAAAUAUUAACGUAUAAUCAACAGUUUGGUAAAACCCACAUAUUGACAAGUACUUCUAAGCUUCGGAGAAGCUUACAAAUGAAGGUUCCCAAAAGAAAAUUUUCUUUAAAAACAAUACAACAAAUUCAGGGGCCUACAU